AAGAACUACCAUCAGACCUUGUCCCUUUCAUAUCAUAACUAGCAUGCCCCCUUCCCGCUCGACAAGCGAUUCAGUCAGGUUUAAUCCUUCGUCGACUAGUUCACUUGCUUCGCGUCGUCGCGUUCAUACUACCCAACCAGCUGAUGUCAUUGUCAUCUCUUCCGACGAAGAAAACGAUGACGAGGUCAUCAUAAUCUCUUCCGACGACGACGCCGAUACGAAAGAGAUAGCACCCAUCGCCAAGAAAUCAAAGAAAUCCACACCACCAUCGCGUAAAACAACCCAUUCAACACGCGGACGAAGACAGCCCGCUGCAUCCGCCUCCGUGGGACAGCGAGCAGUCACUGUCGCGAGAAUCCUGGCUGGCGAUUUUGGCGAACCCAAGACGUGGACAUUUGGUCUUCCUGAACCAAAUUUCAUGGACAUGGACAAGUUUGUAGAAGAUGGGAGCAAAGAUCCUUUUUUGCAGGACCUGACAGAGGCAGAGUGGCGUCGUCUCAGAAGAUCAAUAGAUCCGAAAGUGCAUGGGGCUCAUCCCGACAAGAACGACCGCACCGUUCGUUACACGCACGUCGAGCGAUAUCCCGGCGGGCCCGUCUGGUUCACCGUCCGCUGGUGGGAUGGAAAAAAUUUCGGCAACUACUUUGAUUUAGUUGACGUCGCAACACGAAAGCUCUUUCUUCCACAUCGUGAUCUCCCCGAUCUCUUCGUCCAGGCUGAGUUUCUGGGCUGCAUGGCGCCUCUAUGCACCGUCGAAGAAGCCAUGCGUCGUUCUCGAGGUGUGAAGAAGCUCCCCGGUGCGAAUGACGAUGAACGUUAUAUAGCUCCUGCGGGCGCUAGGACGCUGUUUUCGAGGAUUUUGCCGAAUGGAAAGAAGGUGCCCGUUGCAGAUGUAUAUUCUCCUCGAUAUGGCCAACCUCCCUUGGGGCCACAGCCUCCGAUGCACUCACCCUUUGGCCCUUGAUAUACUUACCCUUUCUUUGGCUUUUAUCGACAAUUUUUUUCCUUUCACCUUGUGAUUAGUAUUCCUCAACAGUUCUCUAUCUAUAUUGUCGUGUGUCUUCGCUCCGGAAGCCUUGCUCGUCGUUUCGUAUUGCUUUGUGAUUUUUUGCUUUCCCAAACGAAUAUUUCUUUCUGCUCCCCGCCACGUCAGUAACAAUUUU